AUGUCACGAGCUCUAUCCGAUGAACACCUCGCAUCUGUUCCGUUUGAGACCAUCAACCCUUUUCCUGAUAUCAAUCAAGUACUUCGCCACAACCCGCUGUUCGCUCAAACCACGCCAUUCAGCACGUACCAUUACCCUGGACAGAGUCUCUCUACUCCUUCUGUCUAUGAACCCUAUAUGCAAAGUCCGUGGACCGUGAGUGAAUACAAUCUACACAUGCCUGAAGCUGUCACUCGAAGCCGCAACCAAUUUCUUUGUGGGUCGGAUGGAGACAAUGCUACGGUUGGAACAGAGAACACGGUGCAUACUGCUUGGGACGAUGUCGAGAUACCGGGUCUGAGUGAUUUUAAUAUGGGACAGUUGUCGUUCACAACCGAGAACCCAUCAAGAGAGACAACUCGUAUGGUCAGUCCAACUGGGAUAUGUACGCCUGAUAGCUCACGCCAAGACCUCAUUGAUAAGUGA